AUGCCAGAGAUUCCCGAGUUCAAGAUGGAUAGAUGGAUUGAAGAAUAUGGACCGAGAGGUCGGAUUGGCUUGUACGGAUCGUAUGCAUCGGCGCUCUCGUUGAACGAGCUGCAGAAACUCGCUCCGAACACCAAUGCUCCUCUCCUGGAUCCAGACCUGCCGCUCAGUUAUGGCACAACCUUGGGCUCAGUGCGUCUUCGAGAACGAAUUGCUGAGCUUCACUCUUCCCCAGAAGUGGAGCUGACCGCAGCCAAUGUUGUCAUCACUCCAGGUUCUAGCAUGGCUAAUCACCUCGUGCUGGCCACGCUCUGUGGCCCAGGUGACCAUAUCAUCUGCCAGUAUCCGACUUACGGACCUCUUUAUCUCUUGCCCAAGCAUAGUGGCGUCGACGUUAGCCUUUGGGGCUUGAAAGAGGCUGAAGGGUGGUCUCUUGAUCUGGAAGAGCUGGCCAAUAUGAUAAAACCCAACACAAAGCUCAUCAUCAUUUGCAAUCCGAACAAUCCGACUGGGACCGUUAUUCCUAGAGAUACAUUGGAACAGGUCCUAGCUCUUGCCCAAAAGAAUAAUAUUGUGGUCUUCUCCGAUGAAGUUUUUAGCCCUGCCUUUCAUACGAAGGACCAACCACCUCCUCUAGUCUCGCUGGGCUCCCCUCGCACCCUUUCGACAGGCUCUCUAUCGAAAGCCUAUGCCUUACCUGGUAUCAGGAUAGGCUGGGUAGUAUCACAAGACAAGGAGAUCAUACGCCAAGUCAGUACGCUCAGAGACUACACUACCAUCAGUGUCUCACUACUGGAUGACUCUGUUGGCGCCUUCGCACUGAGCAAGGAGGUGUUACCUCGACUGAUGGAACGAAACUUACGAAUCUUUGCAGAGAGUAUCAAUUUACUUGAUGGAUUUGUCAAGCGUAAUGCUCAGAGAUGUCGCUGGACUAAGCCAAAAGGGUCAGGAGUAGCAUUCGUUCAGAUCUUGAACAAGGACGGUUCAGCCUCAGAUGACUUGGUAUUCAGCAAGAAGCUAGUAGAAGAAGCUGGAAUCACUGUUUUACCUAGUUCAUAUUCCUUUGCCGAGGAGGGAGCUAACAACCUAAAGGGAUACCUGAGAAUUGAGAUUGGGUCCCCGGAACGAUUGAGAGAGGGUUUAGUAGCCAUAGAGGAGUUCUUACACAAGUAUGACUUUUUCUAA